CCCACUCCAAACUAAAGUACACUAACCAGCUUUUCUUCUAUACAAACCCACCCUGCAAACGGCACCUCGCCAUUUCUAAACCCACGAACAAUCCACCCACCACCGCCUCCGCAUCCUUCUUUUACGCCCCUGCCUGCAAUCACGAGAAUCAGAACAACACCCACAAAGCAAGAAAAGGAAAAUGAAGCGAUUGGAAGCUCUGGUUUUGCUCGUGACUCUUCUUCUAGUUCUUCAGGGGAAGAAGGGGAUUGCUGCCGGUGAAGAUGGGUUCGUGAAGACCAAUGGAGCCCAGUUCACGCUCGACGGCGCCCCAUUUUACGCCAAUGGCUUCAACGCCUAUUGGCUCAUGUACGUUGCAGCCGACCCUUCUCCGUCCGAGAGGCAGAAAGUCUCCACCUUGUUUCAGGAAGCCAGAGGGCACGGCCUCGCCAUCGCCAGAACUUGGGCGUUCAACGAUGGUACUCAAGAUAGAGCUCUUCAGAUCUCCCCUGGCCUCUACAGCGAGCAGACUUUUCAGAAGGCGUUGGAUUUGGUGGUGUCUGAAGCGAAGAAGAACGGGAUCAAGUUGAUUCUGAGCUUGGUGAACAACUACGAGCAUUACGGAGGGAAGAAGCAGUACGCCAAUUGGGGGAGAAGUCAGGGCCAGUCGAUUUCGUCGGACGACGAUUUCUUCACCAACUCGGUGAUCAAAGGGUUCUACAAGAAUCACAUAAAGACGGUUCUCACCCGCCGGAACACCAUCACCGGCGUUGAUUACAAGGACGAGCCGGCGAUCAUGGCUUGGGAGCUCAUGAACGAACCCAGAUGCACCUCGGAUCCCUCCGGCAGAGCCAUUCAGGAAUGGAUAACGGAGAUGGCUGCUUACCUAAAAUCAAUCGACGGGAACCACCUGCUGGAAGUCGGUCUAGAGGGGUUUUACGGACAAUCGGAAUCUCAGAAGCAGCAGGACAACCCAAACUUCCAAGUGGGAACCGAUUUCAUCGCCAACAAUCAGAUCCCGGAAAUCGAUUUCGCCACGGUCCACUCUUACCCGGACCAAUGGCUGCCGAGCUCCGACGACCGGAGCCAGCAGGAUUUCUUAACCCACUGGCUGCAAGUUCACAUCCAGGAUUCCCAGAACGUUCUCCGGAAACCCGUUCUCUUCGCGGAGUUCGGCAAAUCUCUGAGAACUGCGCCUGUAGAACAGAGGGAUCGGCUGUUCGACACCGUCUACACCGCGAUAUACUCGUCGGCCAGAGCUGGCGGCGCCGCCGCCGGCGGGAUGUUCUGGCAGCUGUUCACCGAAGGAAUGCACAAUUUCGGAGAUGGGUACGAGGUGGUUUUGAGCGAGAACGGGUCGACUGCUGGGAUCAUUGCCGAUCAAUCGAAUAAGCUCAACCGGAUUCGGAGGCUUUAUCUCGAGCUGAGGAACAGAGCAAGGUGGGCCGGCGGCAAUGGCAUUAGACACAAUGGAAUCGGAAAUUGAGGGAAGAAGGAAAGGCGUAGUGCUCGUUUGGCUGGUGGGUUGUUUAUAAUAGAUAGGUUUGGAAACAGAGUAUUCGUCCACUGAGAAUCUUGAGAAUGUAUCGUUUGGAUUAAUUUUGCUUAAUAAAAUGAAAUUGCGGGACUUGUAAUUAGAAGACUAGAUUAUUUAACAAACAGAAUGGAACUGAGUUCAUCUCGGUUGAAUAGCUAGUCCUAAAGGAUGAUCAGUCACACUGGGACGAAACAUUUCCGCAAUGGGACUAAAGCCUAACGAAGCAAUGCCGGGUCGAGGUAGAAGGCCUACGGGUCGUCAACUUCGCAGCAUUCCGAAGGUUGGCAACCUUUGGUAGUAUGUUGACAUCACGACCGGUGUUUUCUGCAAUCAGGACCCUUCUUGAUCUGUGAAUAGGAACACCACCACCAGAGCCGGACCGUAUCUUGUGGUUCAAUGCAGUUAAACCGCACCAGUUGCGUAAUAUUAUUCUAAUGCUGCUGCAGCUAGGAAUAGGGAAGCCUUUGAGCCUAAAUGAUGGUUUCGUCUCUAAUCGUUGCGUUCUUCAGAAUGACUGUGAUCCCUGACCGGAUAUAGAACCCUUCAUCUGGUCUUUCUGCUUCUUCAACACC